AUGACAUCGUCCGCCUACCCAGAAGGGCAUCCGAUGCGCAUAAAACAUGGAGAUGACAAGGUUCUCAUUCGAGGCGGUUCCUGUGCCAUAGACCCUCUGGGAACAAUCCUUGUUGAGCCCGAAUUUCACCAAAGAACUCAUUCACUAUGUGGACGUAGACCUAUCUCGAAUCGCCUGUGGUAA